AUGGCUACUUCAUCAGCAACAACUGAUAAUUCUGAUGAUGGUAAUAAGAUGCAUUUAUGGGGAGGAAUCGGUAUUGGCAUUUUGAUUGUGUUUUUGGUUGCUUUCUUGCUCUACCUUUUCAUAAAAAAACUACUCCCAAUUCUAAGAAAACGCCAAUCACCCCUCUCCAACAUCACAAAAGGAGUACUGAAAGAAGAGAAGACAAUGCUAAGGAAGUUUCAGUUGGAGGAAGUUGUGAAGGCAACCAAUAAUUUCAGCAGAGAAUGCUUGUUGGGUUCUGGUGCUUUUGGGAAUGUAUAUAAAGGCACUUUUGAUGUUCAAGCAACUCUGGCCAUUAAAAGACCCCAUACACACUCAUAUCAGUGUGUUCAAGAGUUCAGAAAUGAGGUGAGACUACUUUCGAAAGUAAAACAUAGGAACCUAGUUGGUUUAAUUGGAUAUUGUGAAGAACCCGGACCAAAAGGGUCAAAGAUGUUGGUUUAUGAGUACGUUCCAAACGGUUCUCUACUCGAGUUCAUUACAGGAAAAACGGGGAUGAGCUUAAGUUGGAGGCAAAGGGCAAAUAUAGCCAUUGGAGCAGCAAAAGGAAUUGCACAUUUGCAUGAAGGGAUUAAGCCAAGUAUAAUCCACCGAGACAUAAAGCCAAGCAAUAUCUUAGUAGGUGAUGGGUUUCAAGCAAAGGUGUCUGAUUUUGGACUGGUGAAAUCUGGGCCAACUGAUGACCAAUCACAUGUUAGCAGCCAAGUCAAAGGGACUCCAGGAUACCUUGACCCUGCAUAUUGUUCCAGUCUUCACUUGUCUCCAUUCAGUGAUGUCUUUAGCUUUGGUGUUAUCCUUUUGCAGCUUGUUUCUGCCCGCCCUGCAAUUGAAUCUACUAAAAUUCAUUCCAAUUAUCAUAUUAUAGAUUGGGCAAGGUCUAGCUUAGAAAGAGGAAAAGUUGAGGACAUUAUAGAUGUUAAUCUACUCUCAGAGCCCUGCAACAUGAAGAUGAUGCUAAAGAUGGGAAGACUUGGCCUGAGAUGUGUAGCACAUAUACCAAAGGAACGUCCUACAAUGACCCAAGUUUGGCAAGAACUGGAAGAAGCUCUUUACAUGGCUGAAAAUCCCAUAAACAAACAGCCCUCUUGGGAUUCACGAAAAUCCAUGGACUACGAGUACUCUCAGAGCAGCUUUGUGAGCAUAAAUGAGAUUGGAUUCCAAAGGUUUCAUGUAGAGAUGGAGAGCCUCUCCUGUCAGAGUACUAUCUUAAGGUGUUUGGAGGAUAAUAGUAUUAGUAUAGAUACUGAUAAGAACACUUUGAAAGGUACAUACGAGGAACAAAAGUAAAGACAGAUGUUUGCAGUUUGUGUUUGUAUCUCGUUUCAGCCACUUUUUCAUGGAUUUUUUUUCUAUGGUAGGAGAAAAGGGUCUUGUCUGAUUGUGGUGGCACUUUGUGAAUUGAACAGGCCAAGAAAGA